AUGCUUUAUGUAUGGACCUCUGCUGCGGCCAAGAUAUCCAUCGCCCUUGCGCUUCUUAGAUUGACCGUCAAGAGAAGUCAUCGGAUCAUCCUAUGGUGCACCAGCACUGUCACAAUAUUGAUUGGACUUAUGUUCUGGUUAUUAUUGCUGUUCGACUGCCACCCUAUCUCCUUCUUCUGGCGGCAGGUGGACCGCACAAGCCAAGGCACCUGUCUUUCUAAAGCAGUGCUGCUCAAUUCCGCUUAUGUCUACAGCUCUCUUACAAUUUUGUGCGACCUAACAUUGGGGAUAUUGCCGGCAUUCCUGGUGUGGAGACUGCAGAUGAACUACCGGACGAAGUUCGCAGUAGGGGGGAUUUUCAGCCUCGGUGCACUCGCUAGCGUUGCAGUGGCUGGCCGGGUCCCAUUUUUGCGUUUUUAUUCCGAUCAAAACUUUCUUUACUCCACCUGGCAGAUCGCUAUCUGGUCUGUCAUCGAGACUGGCCUCGGCAUUACGGCGGGGAGUCUCAUCACACUCCGUCCGUUAUUCCGCUGGCUCCUCGAUGAGAAGAGCACUCCAUCUCAGGAUCCCCACCGCCAAGAACAUCAUUUGCGCGAGUAUCCACUGCGUCUCCUGAGCAGCGAUGGCUUGAAGGGUUCCCAAGACACGAGAUAUUGGCGCCCUGACAUUGACUUUGAUGACACCAAAAGCAUGAUGAUCACAGUGUCAUCGCCAAGGAGAAAGAAAUUCAGUCUCAGUAACACUAGUCAGGAAGCUUUGCAGGCAGAGCCAAGUCCGACAAUCUCGCCAAAUCAUGUUACUGUCCAAAAAACCUUCAUACAUGUUGUAUCGGAGCGACAGAAAUAG